AUGUCGGAGAUAGAAAGGGAAUCGACGGAGGUUGUUUUCACUCAGCUACAACAAGGAAAUAUUUUUGUCGACACAGGUUCCUCUGGGGCUGAAGAUGCUUUCGAGGAGGACUCGUACUCUCCUUCGUCUCUCUCCUCUUCCUCCUCCGUCCCCGCUGGAACCUCUCUGCAGGGGAAACCACAGUGCACUUCCUGCGGCCAGGAGAUAGCGGACCGAUACCUGCUCAAGGUGAAUAACUUUUGCUGGCAUGUGCGCUGCCUCUCAUGCAGUGUGUGUAAUACAUCACUGGGGCGCCACGUGAGCUGCUUCAUCAAAGAUAAACAAGUUUUCUGCAAACUGGACUACUUCAGGAGGUAUGGGACCCGCUGUGCUCGUUGUGGCCGUAACAUCCAUUCCAGUGACUGGGUGCGUCGGGCGCGAGGCAACACCUUCCACCUGGCCUGUUUCUCCUGCACCUCUUGUAAACGCCAGCUGUCCACUGGGGAGGAGUGUGGACUACUAGAGAACAGAGUCUUCUGCCGGCCGCACUAUGACAUUAUGAUGGAGAACCUCAAACAUGCUAAGGAAAAUGAGCAACCAAAGACAGAGGAAGAUGAGGCGGAAAAAGAUGGCUCCAGCACUAUGCCCAGACCUGCUAAAAGAGCCAGGACCAGCUUUACUGUUGACCAGUUACAGGUGAUGCAGACUCAGUUUGCUAAGGAUAACAACCCUGAUGCCCAGACUCUGCAGAAACUAGCAGAGAGGACCGGACUCAGCCGCAGGGUUAUUCAGGUUUGGUUUCAGAACUGCCGAGCCCGUCAAAAGAAACACAUCAGCCCCCAUCCUGCGUCAACAAUGAUGACAUCACUUGCUCCUGGUCAGAUGACACCACCUUUGAUGGAGGAUCUGCAAUACACAACCUACAUUUCUCCAGAUGCACCCCUUCUCACUACAUUGACUUAUAUGGAUGUCCAAACUCCAGACCCACUUUUGCUUCAGCCCCUCAUGUCUCAUCCACUGUCGCAACAGCCAGCCAGCCACGCCUGACUGACAGCUCGCCUCUGAAGAGAUGAAGCU